GUCACUCCCAAAUCGCCACCAUACAGAAAGCCACAAUGGCAGUGCCACCCUCCCUGCGCCGCCUCAUCCUGCUGCUGCUCGUCGCCGGCGGCGGUGGGGCCACGGCAGCCGCAUUCGAGCUGGAGGAGGCCACCAUCGACUCCAUACACUGCGCAUUCGCUGCCGGAGAGCUCACCUCCCGCGGCCUCGUCGAGCUCUACCUACGCCGCAUCGCGUCCGUCGACCCCGCGCUCCAUGCCGUCAUCGAGCUCGACCCCGACGGCGCCCUCGCCGCCGCCGACCGCGCCGACGCCGCCACACGGAUCGUCCCCGCCGCCGCGCUCCCGCCGCUGCACGGCGUCCCCGUGCUGCUCAAGGACAACAUCGCCAGCAAAGGGUCGCUGAACGCGACGGCCGGGUCGCUCGCCAUGGUCGGUUCGAGCUCCGCGCGUGACGCCGGCGUGGUGGAGCGGCUCCGGCGCGCCGGUGCGGUUGUCCUGGGCACCUCCAGCCUCAGCGAGUGGUGCAACUUCCGCGGCCCCGGCAUCCCCGCCGGAUGGAGCGCCCGCGGCGGCCAGGGCACGAAUCCGUACGUGCCGUCGGCAACUCCGUGCUCCUCGAGCAGCGGGUCAGCGAUUGCGGCCGCUGCGAACCUGGCGGCGGUGACAAUUGGGACCGAGACAGAUGGCUCCAUCAUGUGCCCGUCCAGCUACAACUCCGUCGUCGGAAUCAAGCCCACCGUUGGGCUCACCAGCCGCGCUGGCGUCAUCAUCAUAUCACCAAGGAUGGAUACAGUUGGGCCUAUCACUAGAACAGUUGCAGAUGCUGUGCAUGUGUUGGAAGCAAUUGUUGGCUACGAUCCGCGAGAUGCAGAGGCAACUCGCAUAGCUUCACAUUACGUACCAGACGAUGGUUACAGGAAAUUCUUGAACACAGAUGGGUUAAGAGGCAAGCGAUUGGGAAUUCUGAAGAAGGAUUUCUUCCAUUUUCCCUCUGGCUCUGUCCAAGAAAAGGUCUUCGGUCAGCACUUCGACAUUAUGAGUAAAAUGGGUGCCAUCUUGGUGGACAAUAUUGAGAUACCAAGCAUGAAUGUCAUUAACGAUGCAGUACAAAGUGGAGAACGUGCUCUUAUGCUUGCUGAGUUCAAGCUAUCCCUCAACUCCUACUUAUCUGAGCUGGCCACUUCACCUGUUAGAUCAUUAUCAGACAUAAUCGACUUCAAUAACAAGCACCCUAGCCAGGAAAGGAUGGCUGAAUUUGGUCAAGAGUACCUUCUACGAUCUGAAGCAACCAAUGGCAUUGGUCCAACUGAGGAGCGUGCCAUUGCAAAACUCAACAAACUGUGUAAAAGAGGUCUCGAGAAGGUAAUGCAAGAUAAUCAAUUGGAUGCAAUUGUGGCCCCAGGUGCAUCUGCUCACAGCCUGCUCGCCCUUGGUGGUUAUCCAGCGAUCACGGUUCCAGCUGGUUAUGCUGCAAAUGGUGUUCCUUUCGCCAUCUGCUUCGGAGGGUUGAGAGGAUCAGAGCCAAAGCUUAUAGAGAUAGCUCAUUCGUUUGAGCAGGCAACCAAAGUAAGGAAACCUCCAUCGCUGCAGCAUUCUGCCAUUCGAACGUGUAACUAUGGAGAUGAAUCAGGCCAUUUUUUCUGCAGUUUGUACAAUUUUCAACUUUGAGGAAAUAUUUAUGGUGAGAAAUAUAUAUACAAAUGUUGAGCAUAGAGAAAUUUUAGAUGCAAUUUUUUUGUUGUGUACCAAACUCUUUGAACCCAGGCAUCUUGCACCUUUGGGUGUUCAAGAUAUGUACUUUAACAGUAUUAUAAAAUGCAACACAUGUGCCUUUUUUUUCUCAUAUAAGUAAACAUAGCUCCUUGAGGUCA